AUGGCCACCGCCUACAGCACGCAGCGCUUUCUCUCUGCCGUCUCCGCCUCGCGCCCUCUCGGUAGUCCACUGCGAUCGUCUGACGUGUCAUUUCGUCCGCGUCCGUUCGUCCCGUCGCAUUCAAGCUGUCACUCCCGCCGCGCGUCUCACCGCCAGCGAGUAAUGCCGCGCGCGUCGGCAGCGGAUUCCAGUGCGCGCGGCAUCGAGGACGGCCGCUCCGCCAAAGGCGUAGAAGACGCGUUUCCCGCCAUGGCGGUCCCAUCCCAGCUGACAUCACCCCUGCUGGCAGCCAAUGGGGGGAGCAGCCCGCCGCCUGCAGCAGCUGAGAGCACCCCGCCCACCAGCGCUGCCGUGUGGACUGCUGCCGCCCUGCCCUUCCUCUUCCCAGCGCUGGGCGGGGUGCUCUUCGGCUACGACAUCGGCGCCACCUCCAGCGCUCUGCUCUCCCUCAAGGUGCGCGUGUGUGGGUGGCAGCGUGUGGAGGGUGCAGUGCAGCACAGGCGGGGCGGAGGGCGGCAGGACCCAGUGCUGUCAGGCACGGACUGGUUUGACCUCUCCUCCACGGCUGUUGGCCUCGUGGUGAGUGGGUCGCUGGGAGGAGCGCUGCUGGGCUGCCUGCUCGCCUUCCGCAUCGCCGACCCUCUCGCCCCUCCCCUCACCUCCACUAGCCCUUCCCCUCACCUACUCCCUUCUACACCUCACACCCCUUUUCCGUGCCGCAUCCCCCUCACCCGCACUUCUCUUCCUGCCGUCUUCGAGGUCCCACUGCCUCCCUCGCCCUCACCUCACCCCCCCCUCUUUCUCUUAAUCCUCCUCCUGCUGCUGCUCCCCCUCCCCCUCCCUCUUCCCCCCCCCACGCCCACCGCCACCGCGUGCGACGCAGGGCGGAGGAGGGAGCUGGUGCUGGCGGCGGGGCUCUUCUUUACGGGAGCGCUGCUCACAGCCUCCGCCACCUCCCUGCCUGCGCUGCUGGCUGGUCGCCUCGUCUACGGCUCCGCCAUCGGCCUUGCCAUGCAUGCGGCGCCCAUGUACAUAGCGGAGACCAGCCCACCGGCCAUACGGGGCACGCUCAUCGCACUCAAAGAAGCCUUCAUUGUCGCCGGCAUCCUCGUGAGCCUCGCCUCCCACUCUGCUGCGCCCCACCUCCCAUGCUGCUGCGCCCCACCUCCCAUUCUGCUGGGGUACGUGAGUGGCAGUGUGCUGGUGGGCACGGAGGGCGCCUGGCGAGGCAUCUACGGGGUGGCAGCGCCGCUGGCACUCGUGAUGGCGGCCGGCAUGGCGUGGCUGCCACCCUCCCCCCGCUGGCUGCUGCUGCGCGCCCAGCAGCAGCACCACCACCGGGAGACGCGCGGGCAAGAGGGGGAGGAUGGGCAGGAUGGGCAGGCGGGGGCCAGGGGCGAGGAGGCGCGGAGGCGGGCAGUGGAGGCGGUGAGGCGGCUGAGGGGGGGCGCGUGUGGGGAGGGGGAGGCGCGGAGGGAGGUGCAAGGCAUGGUGGAGGCCAUGGGGGAGGGGGGGGGCAAGGGGGGUGCAAGUGGGUGGGGCGAGCUGGUGGCAGGGGCGAGUGGGCGCGCGCUGGUGAUUGCCUGUGGGCUCGUGUUCUUCCAGCAGGUGGGCUCGUCACAUUCCCACAGGGGUCUCAUGCCUGGAUGGGCUGAUGGGAUGGAGCACAGGGGUCUUGUGCAUGGAGGAGAAGCGUGGCACGUGGUCUUGUGCAUGGAGGAGAAGCGUGGCACGUGGUCUUGUGCAUGGAGGAGAAGCGUGGCACGUGGUCUUGUGCAUGGAGGAGAAGCGUGGCACGUGGUCUUGUGCAUGGAGGAGAAGCGUGGCACGUGGUCUUGUGCAUGGAGGAGAAGCGUGGCACGUGGUCUUGUGCAUGGAGGAGAAGCGUGGCACGUGGUCUUGUGCAUGGAGGAGAAGCGUGGCACGUGGUCUUGUGCAUGGAGGAGAAGCGUGGCACGUGGUCUUGUGCAUGGAGGAGAAGCGUGGCACGUGGUCUUGUGCAUGGAGGAGAAGCGUGGCACGUGGUCGUGUGCAUGGAGGAGAAGCGUGGCACGUGGUCUUGUGCAUGGAGGAGAAGCGUGGCACGUGGUCUUGUGCAUGGAGGAGAAGCGUGGCACGUGGUCUUGUGCAUGGAGGAGAAGCGUGGCACGUGGUCUUGUGCAUGGAGGAGAAGCGUGGCACGUGGUCGUGUGCAUGGAGGAGAAGCGUGGCACGUGGUGCCUCCAUCCUCCAGGUGCCUCCAUCCUCCAGGUGCCUCCAUCCUCCAGGUGCCUCCAUCCUCCAGGUGCCUCCACGCUUUCUUCAUGCGCCCUGUCGCUCGUCCCCAUCCAUGCGUCUGCUGCCCAUCCUCUGGAUGCGGGCUUCUCGGCUGCCACUGAUGCCACCCGGGUGUCGGUGCUGCUGGGUCUCUUCAAGCUGGGCAUGACGGGCGUGGCCAUCGCCACUGUGGACCGCUGGGGCCGCCGCCCUCUGCUGCUCGCUGGCGUCUCCGGCCUCGUGGCGAGCCUGGUGCUGCUGGGGUGGACGUACAGCAGCCUCAGCGGCGUGCCCGCCCUCAGUGUGCUCGCCCUGCUGCUCUUCGUCGGCUGCUACCAGGUCACGUCACCUCCCUCCUCUGCUAGCCAUGUGACGUCACCUCCCUCCUCUGCUAGCCAUCCCACCUGCCCGUGUGCCCGCAUGCCUAUGUUCCUGCAUGCGUGUGUGUUGGCGUGCCUACCUGCGUGUGCGCUUGUGGCAGAGCAGGUGUCGUUUGGCCCCAUAGCAUGGCUAAUGGUGUCGGAGGUGUUUCCUCUGCCGGUGCGGGGCCGAGCGCAGAGCAUCGCCACGCUCCUCAACUUUGCCUCCAACGCCCUCGUCACCUUCGCCCUGCCGCCCAUUCAAGGCGCGUUGGGGCAAGCAGGCACGUUCUACUCGUUUGCCACCAUCGGUGCUGGAGCCCUCCUCUUCAUCUACCUGUGGGUGCCCGAGACCAGAGGGCUCCAGCUGGAGGAGAUCGAAGCAAAGCUAGUCGCCGGCAAGAUAUGA